AUGUAUGCCACUAUUAAAAUGAGCAAGACAGUAUAUAUAUUCAAACAUUUCAUUUUGAUCAUAAAAUUUACUAUUCUUUAAAGGAUCAUUUAAUUAAUUUAAUAAAGAAGGUACUAUAUUAAGAAUAAAGGGUAGAUAAUUUAGAACAAUAAAAGUUAAUUUGAUUUUUUGUUAAACAUUUCAUCUUAAUAAAGAACAUCAGUAAUUAAUUACAGAUAAUUAACACUACUUUAGUUAUUUGAUUGUAAUAAGGAAUAUUUUACAAUGAUUUAAAAAUUACAUUUAUUAUUAAAGGUGAAUUUGUUUUGA